AUGGCUGACGUACAAAACGACACGGAGUCUCCGGCAGCCGUCGAGGCCCCUGAGGUGCCAGCGAGUCCAGCGGGGGUCUCUGAGCAAGAGCUGACUGCGGAAUGCGAGAAGGGGGAUAUGGUGUCACCGCAAGAAGGGAUCUCAGGGGGAGGAGUGAAGGAGGAGUCGCCGGAAGCUAGCGAGGGCAGUGCCAAGGCAGGGGGAUCAAAAGCUGAAGCGACUGCGGCGCCCCCUGAUAAAUCUACUCUUGAGGCUCCUCGCGCUCGCAGUGGUGGAGAAGCGCCUCCUGAAGGGCUCACAGGGGUUCCUCAGAUACCCCCCCUCUCUAAGCGCGGAAUGUCUGGAUCCCUCCAGACAAAGCUGUUGUCACCGGGUGCAGUGACCUCUUUGAAGGGCCGGGGAGGGCAGGCAGCAGACAAAAGCUCUGCCUUGAAACAAGAGUCCGUUAAGGGAGACUCUAGCGUGGCAGGCGCCUCCCAGCUCCAGAAAUCCACGAAAGCUGGAGGCGCUGUUUUGGAGGUGAAAGGCAGCGGGGGAAUCUGGCAGCAAGUUCUCCGGGGGGCAAGGGCCAAAAAUCCGCAAGCACCGUGCGGCUAUGUUAUCCUCCUCGGUGCCGAAGAUGUAGGCAAGACCUCCUUGUUGCGUCGGCUGCAGCAGAUUGGCUCUCCUGCGCCUCUCUCGGAGACGGAGCUUCUCUCAGACACAGGAGGCGUUGCCGAGCUGGAUUUUGCAUAUCUGGGAGUUCGCUGCCUCUUUGAAGAGGAGGAAGAGGCAGCAGCCGAUGUAGAGACGAAGGCGAAUGUCUGGAUUCUCCAAGAUCCAUAUGCAUGGGAAUCGGUGGCAGCCCGUCUGCCUCCAUCUUGCCUUCCACACCUUUCGAUCCUCGUUUGCCUGGACCUCCUGCAAGCGUGGGGGGCGUUGUCUGCCCUUCGCGCGUGGCUUCGCGUCGCGGAUAAGAUAGUCCAAAGGCUCAUGCAGCAGCAAACCCCCGAGGAUCAGAAGCAGAUAAACAACAAAAUGCUCAGUUAUAUAUCAACCUACAGAGCCAACUGCUUGCACCACUUCCUCUCCAGAGGCCCCACAGACGCCAAGAUCGAAAAUAUUGACGAGGUAAACGGGGGGAGGCAGCAUGAUAUCUAUGUGAAGACAUGUAUAACCCAAAGAUGGAAUACUUUGUUCAGAGAUCGUAGGCGUGCCGUUCCUGCGCAAAGGCGCGCACUUCUCUCCAUGGUCUUGACCCUACCAAGCAUUCUAAGCACAGGUGUCAUCAACACAGCGUGCUUCUGUGUAGGGUGUACCUUGGCCUCGUUUUUUUGUGUGCAGGCACCGCCCUCUGUGGCUGCUCUGCAAGGGAGUGCGGGUGCAGCGUCUGCAGUGCCCGUCACUGUUGUAGUAACGCGGUCAGAUGCAGCGUCUUCGCUUACGACGAGAGAAAAUCCGAGAUGUGCUCGUUCCGUUGCCGCAAUAAGUGUGUUUUGUCAUUUGAUUUGCAAUUCUGCUUUUGUGCCGCUUGCCCCGUUGAUGCGUGUGCGCCAGAGCAGCACUUCUCCUGCAUACAACCCCCGCGUUCCCUUGCAGAAAAUGGCAGCCUUUCUUGGUGAGCUGCAACAGAGGCACCCCAGCGCCAUAGUGGCGAUGAAAUCCCCGGCAGCAACACAGCAGGCAGCAUCGCAGAAAGUUCCCCUUGGAGACGCCGCAGGGCCCCCCCAACAGAACCUGCCAGCCGACGCCGCCAGCGGUGACGCGGAGACUCUCGGUUCGGUACCAGCCCUGAGUGUAGGGGCCCCACAGGGGGGCCCUGAGGCUCGUGUGUUACCCUCGCGCGCGUUAGGUCAGAGCGCCUCACGAGCUCUUGGAUCUGUGAGGGGGGCCCCCCUGCAGAAGGGAAGCGUGGCGCUCACUUCGGGCUCGGUACGGAGUGUUGAGGGUCUCGAUAAUCCCGCCGACUCGGACUCCUUGCAGAAUUUCUUUCAGGGCCUUAUGGCGAAGAGUGAGCUGGGGUGGCGGGGGAAAACACAGGAAGGAAGGGGGCCCCCUCGUUUCUGGGGGCCUUCUGGCCAUGCCAGCUGCGCCCAACAGAAACGUGAUUCCCAUCACAGCUCGCCUCCUACUGUGUUGCUGUUGCCGGUAGAAUGCGCCAGAGCAGCGCUGGCAGCAAAGCACGAGCAGUCGUCGGGUGCCUUUCGUGAUCUUCUUGUGAUUUUUUGCAGCGAGGGGAAAGGCCCCGGCAACGCCUCGGGAACGGGCAAAGUCGGUCAUCAGCUAGCUCGCUACCUGCCUACAACAGGCCUAGUCACGCAAUGCAGCCUGGUUGCCAGAGGAACGCGAGAACUCAACCACCGUGCGUUGAGUGGUGACCCUCGCACUUCCUCUGCAACGGCCUCUGGUGAGCUGUCCAACUGCUGGGCGGACCGUCCUUCGUCGCUUUUUGCGUUCCCUGUAGACAAUUCUAUGACUCUAGGACCUGCCACGUCUCUGGUCACUUUGGGUUGA